AAUUUAUACAAUACAAGUUUACCGGAUUGGAUUGAACGGCCAACAUUGGAAGAAUUUGACAAGAAGUCACUGAAAGAAGCGACAAUGAUGUUCCUAGAGAAGCAUUCACUUACCUGUGUCAACUACGAGCCCUGUCGCGAUAUUACGGGUGGUAUUUGGCUCAACCAUAUUUUAACCACUCUCCGUAAUACUGCUGAUGGCCAGCAAACUCAAAAAUUCAUCGGUUAUGUUUCGCAUUUGGAAGCGACAUUAUCAGUGAUGAAGUUAUUAAGAAUAAAUCAAACUUUUCUGGACACAACAGCUGGAUUUUUAAUAGAAUAUCGCGACAAACCUGAUAAAUCCAUUAGACUAUUAUAUCAUGAAGCAUUAGCCAUCGAUAGACAUAUCAUUCGGCAGGCUGAAUACGUUGAAGAAUUGGAAGAAUUGAGCGAUUCAAAUCAUUGGAUACCAUUCGAGCCAUUCUAUCAACUGGUCAAAGAUAAAGCAAUUGCGAAUUGGGAAGAAGCUUGUGGUCGAAAAACACCACAAUGUGUAGCAUUAGGAGAUGAUAACGUGAUAUCACCAGAAAGGAUUAUCACUGGUAGUAAUAAUAAUGGAGUUAUCCAUCAGAUCACUUCCAUGGCUUCAUUUGCUAUUGUGAUGCAAUUAUUAGUUACUCUAUCGUUUAUUCCAUAA